GGCGUGUCUAUAUAAACUCCCAAGGUCGCCGCUACGUAACGACCAUAUUCUUCUUCUCCUUAUUACUCUCUCUCACCUCACCAACAGAUAAAAUCCCAGUUUUUAGAUUAUUUUCUUACCAAGAUGAAGCUAGUGGAGAAGAAGACGACAACUGAGGAGCAAGGAGAAGAUGUUGUCUGCCGCACGAUCGAGGUUGUUGAGAGAAACGUGUUCCAGCAGGCUCAAUUCGAUGAAGCUGACGAUGCGGUUGUAUCCGUUGAGGAGCUUAACCUAAUUCCACCGCUCAACUUCUCAAUGGUGGAUAACGGAAUAUUCCGGUCUGGAUUCCCUGAUCCUGCUAACUUCUCGUUUCUCCAGACUCUGGGACUCCGCUCAAUCAUUUAUCUGUGUCCGGAGCCGUACCCGGAGAGUAACAUCCAGUUCCUCAAAUCCAAUGGAAUUACUCUUUUCCAGUUUGGCAUUGAAGGCAACAAGGAACCAUUUGUGAUCAUUCCAGACCAGAAAAUCCGUAAGGCACUCAACGUCCUUCUAGAUGAGAAAAACCACCCGGUUCUGAUUCAUUGCAAGCGAGGCAAGCAUCGGACUGGUUGUCUUGUGGGGUGCUUGAGGAAACUUCAGAAAUGGUGUUUGACAUCGAUAUUUGAUGAGUACCAGCGAUUUGCAGCAGCAAAAGCUAGAGUUUCAGAUCAAAGGUUCAUGGAGAUAUUCGACGUCUCCAGCUUCAGUCACAUUCCUAUGACUUUCUCUUGUUCCAGCAGGUAAAACAGAGAACCUAUCGUCUCCUCAACACAAAGAAGAAAGCCAACAAAAAAAAAUAUGAAGAGAUUAUUCUAAUCACAUAAGUGUUCCAGAGGAAUCAUUCGUCUGUUUCUUUCCCUUUCUCUGGAAUCAAUAAUUUAUAUUUCAAGAAAAAAUAAUUUCUGAUAAUGAUUUUACCCUUUUUCUGCUCAUUGUAACCCCAUUUAGGUAGAUAAAAAUACGUAUACUAAUACGUAUAUAUGUAUACGGAUAAAAUAUAUAGGAGUCUGUUUUGAAUAUAGCUCUUUUUGGGUAUCAA